AAGGAAAGCUGUGCUCCUCACAGUCAGAAAGACACAAAAACUCAUUGGAGACUUCAUUAAAGGUUCCCUCUGCAGCACACAGUGAGCCAACAUGGCCGCCAGCCGUCUGCUACCUGAGGACCAGCUCCGGUGCCAAAUCUGCAAGAACAUCUUUACUUUUCCUGUCACGCUGCCCUGUGGCGACAACUUGUGCAAAACGUGCAUCCUAAGAGAAUGGGGUCAGAGUGUCCACUGUCAGUGUCCGAUAUGCGAAGAGGUAUUUGAUGAACGCCCUCAGCUUCAACCCAAUCAAGUCCUCUCUAAGAUGGCAAAUUGCCUCAAAAAGUCCAAAGCAAAGGAGCUCUGCACCAUCAACAAAAGUGAGACAGACAGCAGCCCUUAUACGAGCGACACUUCGGCGCACGACAGUAGCAACAGCAUUCAUGAAAGCAAUUUCCACAGCAAACUUAACAACAUCCUCAGCAGAUCCAACGGCAAUAUCAGCAGCGGCUUCCCCAGAAGGAAUACUUGGAGUAACAACAGUAGCAACGUCAACAUUGCAACACCUAAACCCAGAAAAGGCUACACCACCACCAACAGAGAAAUGAAUUUUCACAGUAAACUUAGCAGCACCCUCAGCAGAUCCAGCAGCAUCAUCGAGAGCAACACCUCUAGAAGCAACAAUGCGACGAGCAGCAGUAGCAAUAGCAACAUAAGCUUGGCUGCCACCAACACCACGAGCGGUCUCAGCCUUGCUGUUGAUGAAAACAAUUUCAACAGUACUCGGUCGCAACAAAGGGUUGCCACAUUAGGAGACAUAUCCUGCGAUGAAUGCACGGGACUGAAACUGAAGGCAGUCAAGUCCUGCUUGGUGUGUCUUGCAUCUUACUGCGAAACACACCUGAAGCCUCACUUGAUCACUAAAGGCCUGAAGAAGCACCAGCUGGUAGAGCCUGUGGAGAACCUAGAGGCCAGGAUGUGCUCAUACCACAACAAACCGCUGGAGCUGUUCUGCAGGACAGACCAGACAUUCACCUGCCUGCUCUGCACCCUCCUAGAUCACAAGGAGCACGACUACCUUCCUCUGAGUGAAGAGGCUGGACAAAAGAGAUUUGUGCUAAGAGGGACAGAGGAAACGUUGAACCGGAUGAUUCAAGAGAGACGAGGAAAGAUGCAGGAUCUCAGGCACAGGACAAGGCUGAACCAAGAAGCUGCAGACAGUAAGGCGGCAGUCGGUCUUCAGGUCUUCACAGAUCUGAAACAAAUCCUUGAAAAUGGUUCAGAUGAACUUCUCAGGAAUAUAGAAAUAAGGCAAGUCACGGCAGAGAGGCUAACUGAAAGACUUAUAGCAGAGCUGGGGCAGGAAGUGAAGGUACUGAUGCAGAGUAGCGUCGAUGUGCAAGAGCUCUCAUCGUCUGAUGAUCACGUUCAUAUUUUGAGAAGUUUUUCAACCGUCAAUAACAUCCCAGCCAUGAAGGACUGGUCAGACGUCAGUGUCCAAAUCCCUCUAUAUGAAGAGAUGGUAAGGAAAGCAGUAGUGGAAGCUGUGGAUCAGUUGCAGGCUACCUUCGAGAAAGAAAAGUGUAAGCUGAAGGAGGCAGAGCUAAAGAGAGUGCAGAAGUUCAAAGUAAAUAUAACUCUGGAUCCACAGACGGCAGAUCCAUGGCUCAUCGUAUCUGACGACGGCAAACAAGUCCGUCUGGGUGAUUUUAAGAAAUUUGUUCCAGAUUUGCCAAAGAGGUUUAAUCCAGGAGGGGGAGUCGUGGCACAACAGAAUUUCGGUUUCGGGAGGUUCUACUUCGAGGUUCAGGUGAUGGACAUGAUGAAGUAUGAUUUCGGAGUGGUCUACGAGUCGAUCAAUAGGAAGAAAAAAGUCACAAACAGUCACGAGAGCGGCCACUGGAUACUGAGUCUAAGGAAGGAGAAUGAAUACAAAGCACGGGCCAGCCAUGAAAUCCCUCUCAGUCUUACCCAACGUCCUCAGAGAAUCGGGCUGUUUGUCGACUACGACGAGGGUUUAGUCUCGUUUUACGACGUCGACAUCGCAGAACUCAUCUUUUCUUUCAAUGACUGCAGCUUCACUGAGAGACUUUAUCCAUUCUUUAAUCCAGGUCAUGGUUCAAGGAACUCCGCCUCACUGAAAAUAGGACAGUAGCUGUGAUUGAAUCACGGAGUUAUUUUUGCUAUGUUCUACAUUUGAACUCUUCUCGACUUUACAGAUUCUGUCCA